AUGUCCCUGACCGACUGCCCACACGAGAUUCUCUUGAGAAUCUUUGAGGAUGUGGCCUACACCCCCACACCUCCAGCCUAUCGAGGCUGCCGACUCUUCGAAUUUGGCGAAAGAGACAGAGCCGAGGCCGCCAGAGACACCCACGGCGAGGAUCCGUUUGCCGAGAACGAAAGAUUGGACUACUAUGCCCCGUCGUCUCAGGGGAGCGAUGUAGGACCUGAAAACUCCAACGGCUCUCACGAGUCCAGGAUUCGUCAGGAUCCGUGGGAACAGAUCGAGCUUGACCAAUUUUCCACCGGCGACGGACCACACACAUUCCCGAAUCGGGACCUUAGUGCUAUCGCCCAGAGCUGCAAAAGACUCUAUGGCGUGGCAACUAAGAUCUUGUAUCGACGAGCAGGCACCGCAGUCAAUUUCCCUGCCUACGUUGAAACGAUCUUGACUACCCCCCAUCUCAUGGCUCAUGUCGAGCAUCUUACAUUGUCCCGUCGUCAUCGCAAGGGCCCUGUGACGGCUAAACUCGCUGAUCUAUGCAACCAGAUCUUUGAUCGCCAUCAAGCUUUUAACCUUUCUGGUCGUUGCGUGCUCCUCGGCGAAGGAGAAGAGGAGGAGCUGCUCCCAUACGACUGGGCAUCGCUGUCCACCAAGCUAGGUCUUGCCCUUUUGCUGACCUUGCCUAACCUUCGUUCGGUGGACAUUUCGUUGUCUCCAAACUUGCAAGGCCUGCCCAACGUCAGGGAAUGGCCGCAUCUUCCAAACCUUGUGGCGAUUCGCCUCAUUGAUACAACUUGUUACCACGGCUACUACAACAUUGGGUAUGAACCUCGGUUCCACCCCCAACUUCCCUUCCAAUGGCUCUUGAACGCAGCCCCAAACCUGACAACACUGGUUUCGGGCAACGUCGCUGGGAUGGGUUCUCUCAGCCAUCCAUCCCUUUCUGUCUUUGCGCUACACGGUGGUUUCCUUCAACUGGACGAAGUUGAAGGAAUUUUGAACAAUAUGCCUGGCAUCCGGUCGAUCAUUUAUCAGCCGAGCUAUUUUGGUCGGGCACAAAUCACAACAAAAGAGUUCUUCAAAGCCUUGGGAGACUCUAAACGACCCUUCAGAGUCGUGGACGCACGUCUGAAUGGUCGAACCAUGGAGAAAAUCUCGACACCUCAAUCCUUGGCGUACACGGUGGACGUACAAAACCUCACUGUGUACGCUAUUCGAUUGAACCUGUGCCCUGUACAUCAGCUGCAGGGCCGCACAUUGGAUCACAAAUUCGCAAAGCUGAUCCCCUCUUCGGCAGAGAUCCUCGGCGUUGAUGAUUAUCAACGUUGGGAAGACGUUAUCUCUAUGGCUGACUUUGUGAUUCGAUGCCGUCACAUUGUCAAAACGAUCUACAUUCGUAACGUAGAGUACGAUUAUACUGUUCUUGAUAAGCAAGAGCCAAUGCUUACGUUGAAAGCCCGUGGCAUUCGCUGUCUGGUUUAUUCACACCUUGACUUUCUCGAAUUGGCUGACAAAUUUGGGUUUGCAUGUCAAAAGUUCUAA